AUGUCGUACAUCCCAGCAGGGCGACCAGAGGGUGGGCUGCGCGAUAUUUGGGUUUCGGGCAAGGUUGGCGAUUCACGUGCCAGAUGUUUGGCGACAUCAUUGCAUCAGAAAGGACACGAGGUGACCCUCAUCGGCGUCAAGAAGUCCAGCGAGGCUCCACUUGCCUCCUGGGGAGAGGCCAUGGAGAGCAGACAGCAGAGCGCCCGCUGUGAUGUCGUUUCUGAAACUGGUAGUGCAGCAUUUAUGCCAUCCUGUGCUUGGAUGGAAGACCCAGCCGUGCUACUCUAUAUUCGUCAUGACGUCCUAUUGGCAGCGAACGAUGUUCUCGCUUUGCAUGGCGACAGGGAAGCGAGAGCGCCAAGAAAGCGUGCCCUGAAUGGCAUCUCGCGAAAGCUGGGGCUCAAGUCCGCCGGAGCGCACUCCAAGCCACAGGCGAUUGUUGCUGGGAGGAGCAUCACAGACACGACACAACCAAAAGGAAGGGAGGAAGACAAGAAGGCGGCGGUGCAGGACACCAGCCAAGGCAAUGUUGAGGAGCCUUACAUAUUGGAGGUCUUACCUUGCAACGAGCACAGCCUCAUCCGGAUUGAGUGUCAAAGCCCCGUCAGCCGGUGCCCAUGCCAGAUCUACCACAAAGUUUUCGGACCCUCCCACAAGCAGUGGAAAAUGAUGAAGGACAUGCUGAACAUCUUGGUUCGGGACCAGAAGAUGGAAACAUCAUUGGCCCGAGCCAAGGAGCUGCAGCAAUAUGCAGAGGAAAUAGUCUUCCUUGCCAAGAAAAAUUCUCCGUAUCAUGAUGGACUCGUGGAAAGUAUGUUGACCUCUCCAGAGGCAAGGAGGAUACUCUAUGAGCGGAUGCUUCCGCGCUACCAGGAUCGACACUUUCACUUUUCUCGAGUGCUGAACCAGUGGAGGUACAGAGAGCGCGACACGACGCCGAUGGCUAUCAUCGAGUGA